AGUGUAGUGGCCAUUUUUAUGAUAUUUACGAUAUUCUUAUGUAGUAGGCAUUGUAAGUUUCCAUUUUUAAGCAACCUGUGUGCUUUAAAAACCAGCUACCUGGAGUGCAAUAUGUUGCUAGCUAGACUUUAGCUAUAUGGCUUAAAAGAUUCAAAUAUACCAGGCAUGUGUCUUUUCCUUUAAUUUUUUUAGUGUCUUAAUUUACAUGUGCAUACGAAUGUCACAGUCUCUAAGCCAGGGGUGGGGAACCUCCAGCCCAUUUGAUCCGGCCAAUGGGUCAAUUAAAGAACAGAAAAAAGAAGCAACUCAGAAAUACAAAGGAAAUCUUUUGACAGCAAUUAUUUCUUUUGAUAAGAGAAAGUAACAUAAAAUUACCCUUCAGGGUGGUCCCUUCCAGCUCGCGACUGUAAAGGAGAGGGAAAUGUAGAAGGUUCUUUUUGUGUAAGUAAAAGACGAGGCAGUGUGCCUAGUUUGCAGGGGCAAAUGAUUGCAGCGAUAAGAAAAGUCAGACCUCGAGCGACAAGCAGCGUUAACAAGACCACAUUCUAACAGAGACAAUGUCACACAGGCAAGUUUUGUGGUGAGUGAGUUAAUACUUAAGAGGCUGAAACGUCAUUCAGAAGCAGCAUUUGUGAAGGAGCCUUGUUGCCGCUGUGGAGCUGGGUGGAAUCAAAAUUGUGCAUUCUGUGCAAACACUUGUGCAUUUCUCUAAUCUCCGCGAACAAAAGCCUGCUAUGACAAAUGAACAUGCUGGCGUGUUUUUGCAAAACUCCUUCGGGCACCCUUUCAGAUUUCAGGACAUAAAAGUAAACAAAAGGAACUGUGUUGAGGCCAUGUUGAUACGUUUAAUGUGGAACCAGCUGAUCUGCCGACAACACAAAAUCAUUGAGCCGCAAAACAAUGACAAGCUCAAAGCUAGGUACAACAACCUCCCUCUGCUCGAGCUCUGUAAACGGUGUGUGCGUUUGCCUCCUGAGGAUUUUCCCUUUCUGAGGAGACAUGCAUUGAGGUUGGCAUUUCUAUUUGGGACAACCUACUGUACUGCUGUCAGCACUUCUUUUUAAUACCGAGAGUCUUGCUAAGACUCGACUCUGCUCAAGACUGACCGAAACAGCACGGCAGCUGCGUGUAGCACCACCAUCACUAUCAUCUGACAUCAGACGCCUGACCACAGAUGGGCUGUUCCAGCCAUUAGAGAGGUCAGUGUGAUGGCCCUCGAAAAUGUUUCUCCACCCCUGUUCUAAGCUGUUUGCCUUUGUCCAACUACACCUUUGUUUGAAUAUUUACAACAGUUUUUUUUAUAAAAAUCCAUUCAUUUAUGAAUUGCUUUCAGGGACAAUGAUUUUAUGUCACUUUUCCAUUGUGGAUACUCACUGGAAUUUCCCAUUUACUCUUGUUAUAGGAGCCCCAAUUGGUUUUUAAACAAGACGUCAUUGACAAAGGGAAGUUUCUUAUGUCCUCCAGAGGAUCCUGUCCCUGGGACACCUCUGUUAUGUUCUUUGUGUACAUCUCUUUCAUUUUUUUCUAAACUUGUAGAAUCAGAGGGGUCCGAGGGUAAUAAGAGAGAGAGAGAGAGACAGGACUGAGGAAUUUUGAGGCACAAAGUUAGAGAAAAGACACGAUGACCUUUUAAAAUCCAUCCAUAUUGUAUCACUUGAGGUUCAUGUGACACAGCUGAGUGUGGGCAGCCCAUUGGAAAAAAAUAAAAAUCUUACACAGAACAAAUGCAGAAAACAUUAGCUUAACCAAAGAAUCAACUAAAUAACGACACAAGGUCCUCUGCAGAUUCUCGGACAAUAUACCAGAAGUGUUGCUCGCACAGAUUUUCAGACAGCCAAAUAUUUUCUUUCAUCGAAAGUACCUCGAUAGCUGAAGCUGUUAUGAACCUUUAUACAAAGUCACAAGAUCAAUGGCAUUCCGCUUGUGCCCAGCCCCUGUGUGUGGUGUACACCCACCGCCUGGCAUGGGGGGAAAAAUACCCUAAGAAAAUCUCAAACUAGUAGUAUUGGUGUUGAGGUCUUAAUUCUUUGCUCAAACACAAAAACGCAGCUGUGAACUCUGAAAAGAUGCAUGUAGCAGAGACCCUCUCCCACACCGGUCGCGUUCGCGCUGCGGCUGGCUAGAUUGAAAAGAACAAGGAUCCAACCUUGGCCAGCGAGAAACGUCCCCUGUCUGCUGUCUUUGAGCGCCAGCUGGAGGCGGAGGGUGGAGGUGGUUCCUGGCACACACACCGCCUCUCCGACAGGUUGACCGGGGUCACGUAGUGUGAAAGGUGAGGCGCUUGGAGGGGAAAGAAAACGUACGCAUACACACAUAAGUACACUUGACAGACUGUUUAUUUCCCCAACAGUCUGGAAGCACGUGCAGGGUUUAUACCGUCCGUUUCAAUGUGCCAUCAAUGUCAGUUUCACCCUGUCUCCAGUUUUUAUGCCAGCCCAAGCUUUGCAUACAACAGACGUAGGCAUCCUUUAAAGACUCACCCCUCCUUUGGUGAAAGCGUUUGUUCAUGUUGAGUAUACCGGCGGUUUUAUGAAAACUGUUGCUUCCUUUGAAAAAGACAAUACGUUGACUUCUUUCUGGUUUCAUUUUUAUCCUCUCAGCCUGGCUGACACUAGAAAUAAGUAAAUAAAUAAAUAAAUAAAAACUUAAGUAAUCACAAUGUUAGCUUCAGCCCCUGCCAGCAGCAACAUACAAUGUUAAAUUGUCAUUGAGAAUGUGCUCCGGCAACAACAACGCUUGUCUUUCUGCAGUUUUUAUUACAGUCUCUUGGACUGGCUCGGGGAAAGACAGUAGGACAUUGGUCUGUGGCUCUGAGUGGAAGCAUUGAUGAUGUUUUACUAACACCCGCCCCCGGAAUGAUAGCUCUGUUUUUUUCCUUUUUUCUUUUUUCCGUUUUGGAGUACAGAGGGAUAUCUGAGGGUCGAGACUGAAAAGAGCAAGGCAGACAAUGCGGCGGGAGUGAGGGGGAGUAGAGCUGGGGCGAGAAGCGAGAGAGCAGAGUAGCAAAAGGGGAGAAGAUGUGGGAAAUUUGGAAAUCCAAAUCAGUGGAGUGCAGUCGAGACAGCCCAGGACUUUGUAUCUAGGAAAAUGGUCCCCCAAAUGGGAACCUUCAUCGGAGUUUACCUGCCCUGCAUGCAGAACAUCCUGGGUGUCAUUCUCUUUCUGCGUCUCACUUGGAUCGUUGGUACGGCGGGAAUUCUGGGCUCCUUCGCCAUCGUCUCCAUGUGCUGCAUCUGUACUUUGCUCACAGCCAUAUCAAUGAGUGCCAUAGCAACCAACGGAGUUGUCCCAGCCGGUGGCGCGUACUAUAUGAUCUCCAGAUCUUUGGGUCCCGAGUUUGGAGGAGCAGUGGGACUCUGUUUCUACCUGGGGACCACCUUCGCCGGAUCCAUGUACAUACUGGGCACCAUAGAGAUUCUGCUGACAUACAUCGUUCCGACAGCGACCGUAUUUAAAGAAGGUGAAGAUGCGGCAAUGCUCAACAAUAUGCGCGUCUACGGCACAUGCUGCUUGGUGCUCAUGGCGCUGGUAGUGUUUGUAGGUGUAAAGUAUGUGAACAAACUGGCUCUGGUGUUUUUGGCCUGUGUGAUUCUCUCCAUCAUGGCCACUUAUGCAGGAGUCAUCAAGACGGUCAUCGCACCCCCGGAGUUUAGUGUGUGUUUGCUGGGGAACCGCUCGCUGAGGAACGAAAAGUUUGAAACAUGCGCAAAGACGGAGGUCGUGAAAAACAAGACCUUCACCACCGAUCUCUGGCCCCUCUUCUGUAACAGCAAGCAGCCCAACGCCACCUGUGAUGAAUACUUUGAUUUGAACAACCUGACGGAAAUACAGGCCAUACCCGGGCUUCUGAGCGGAGUCAUCAAAGACAACCUGUGGGGCAACUAUGGUCCUGCUGGUAUGUGGAUAGAGAAGAAAAGCCAGCCUUCAGUACCGGUGCAGGAAAUUUCCACGGACACCAAUAAGGAAUAUGUCUUCAACGACAUCACCACCUACUUCACUCUGCUGGUGGGGAUAUACUUCCCCUCUGUCACAGGUAUAAUGGCUGGUUCCAAUAGGUCAGGUGAUCUCAGAGAUGCACAGAGGUCGAUCCCCAUAGGAACCAUAAUGGCUAUUCUCACCACCUCUUUCAUCUACAUCUCCUGCGUGGUCUUGUUUGGAGCCUGUAUUGAAGGAGUGGUGCUCAGAGACAAGUUCGGUUACUCGGUAAAGAAGAACCCAGUGAUUGGCAUUCUGGCCUGGCCGUCGCCCUGGGUGAUUGUGAUCGGCUCGUUUUUCUCCUGCUGCGGGGCGGGGCUUCAGAGCCUCACCGGCGCCCCCCGGCUGUUGCAGGCCAUCGCUCGGGAUGGUAUCAUCCCAUUCUUACAGGUGUUUGGUCACGGGAAGGCCAACGGUGAGCCAACUUGGGCUCUGUUGCUGACAGUUGGGAUCUGUGAGAUAGGAAUCCUCAUCGCUUCGCUGGAUGCUGUGGCCCCCAUCCUCUCCAUGUUCUUCCUCAUGUGCUAUCUGUUUGUCAACCUGGCCUGCGCUGUUCAGACUUUGCUCCGUACCCCCAACUGGAGGCCGCGCUUCAAGUUCUAUCACUGGACCCUGUCCUUCUUAGGCAUGAGUCUGUGCCUCUCCCUUAUGUUUGUCUCCUCCUGGUACUACGCCCUGGUCGCCAUGGUGAUAGCAGGAUGUAUCUACAAAUAUAUUGAGUACAGAGGGGCAGUGAAGGAGUGGGGAGACGGUAUCCGAGGCCUGUCCUUAAACGCGGCACGCUACGCCCUCAUCCGACUGGAGGAAGCACCGCUGCACACCAAAAACUGGAGGCCUCAGCUGUUGGUGCUGUGUAAGCUGGACUCGGACCUGGCGGUGAAACACCCUCGUCUCCUGUCCUUCACCACGCAACUCAAAGCCGGGAAGGGCCUGACCAUCGUCUGCUCAGUCCUGGAGGGAACCUACAUGACCCGGGGCAACAACGCCAAGACGGGAGAACAGAACUUGAAAGCUGCCAUGGCGGCAGAGCGAACCAAGGGCUUUUCCCAUGUGGUGGUUUCGUCCAACCUGCGGGAUGGUUUCUCCCUGCUCAUCCAGUCUGCCGGAUUGGGAGGAAUGAAACACAACGCCGUCCUGAUGGCCUGGCCAGUCGGUUGGAAACAGGCCCGGGACUGCUCUGCGAGGAGGAAUUUCAUAGAAACAGUGAGAGAGACGACGGCCGCGCAUCAGGCUCUGCUGGUUGCUAAGAACAUCGACCACUUCCCCGGUAACCAGGAGCGUCUGAAGCAGGGAACCAUUGACGUGUGGUGGAUCGUACAUGAUGGCGGCCUGCUCAUGCUGCUGCCAUUUUUGCUGAGUCAACACAAGGUAUGGAGGAAGUGCAAAAUGAGAAUCUUCACAGUGGCCCAGAUGGAUGACAACUCCAUCCAGAUGAAGAAAGAUCUCCAGAUGUUUCUCUACCAUCUGCGACUGGACGCGGUGGUGGAGGUGGUGGAAAUGCAUGACAGUGAUAUCUCAGCCUUCACCUAUGAGAAGACGCUGGUGAUGGAGCAGCGAUCUCAGAUGCUCAAACAGAUGCAGCUGUCUCGCACCGAGAGGGAGAGAGAGAUUCAGAGCAUCACAGAUGUUUCACGCGGCUCCAUAAAGAGGAAGAAGUCGCCCGGUGCUGACGCUCCUCCCCUCGACACCCCGAGCAUACCGGAGGACGAGGCCCAGUUGAUCCACGACCGCAACACGGCCUCUCAUUCUGCAACGAACGACAAAGCUCCGGGCGCGACACCGGAUCGUGUCCACAUGACCUGGACCAAAGACAAACUGGUCAACGAGAGGAACAGACUGCGAGAAAGCAUGGCGGUCAAGGACAUGUUUAAUAUGAAACCUGAGUGGGAGCAUCUCAACCAGUCCAACGUGCGGAGGAUGCACACGGCUGUGAAGCUCAACGAGGUGGUCGUCAAGAAAUCCCAGAAUUCACAGCUGGUCUUGCUCAACAUGCCGGGCCCACCGAAAAACAUGAAAGGGGACGAGAACUAUAUGGAGUUUCUGGAGGUUCUGAUGGAAGGCUUGGAUCGUGUGCUGUUGGUUCGCGGAGGAGGCCGGGAAGUCAUCACCAUCUACUCGUAGCUCCAAGUUCCUACCUGUUUAAGAGGACACAGGAAGAAAAACCUGGUUGGACAGUGGGAACCCAGAGGGCAGGGGGAGUUUAACGAUGGACGGCCUGGCUUCAAGCUGGGACGUGGACAAAGAUGUGGGGCAGAGGAACUACUGUAAAAAAAAAACUCACACUGUGAGGAAGGGAAGCACGAGUGCCGCUUAACAUUCUGGAGGGACUAUUGUCGCCGUGGAGGACAGAGGGAAGUCUUCACUGCUACACAGCCUGGGCUCUGUGCGUCGUCUGAGGGCACAGCAGGCUCUCUACAGCCCUUUCCUUCUGGGGCGCCGUAACGCCUCCACAUCCUCAACACUGUGGGACGACAACAGUGAGGUUGCCCCGCCGAGAUGCACUUUCUACUGGAAGAGAUGCCAUUUGAGUUCAACAGGUUAUAUUUCCUCACCAGACACCUUUCUGGAAGAAAGAACUCCAAGCACAACUUGUUGUUAUUUUUGUUGUUGCACUUAGUAGCUUAUUGCCAGUUGAGCCCAUCGAUUUCAAUGAGGAGUGCUGACAUAGUUGGGAAUUCCAGUGCCAUUGAGGGCACUUUACACGGCGUAACCGAAACUGACUUUGGAAUGAUGGCUGGGAACAUGUUUUUAAGUCAUAGUAAUUCAUGGAAUGUCGUGUUUGCCUCAUAUCGCUGCAUAGGACGUCGGAACAAUACCGUACUAUCAGGACAGUUUCAGGGUAAAUGUGGUAGUAUUGAUCAAUAGGAAUCAAUAGUGAAGAUUGUUUUGAGCACUGCUCACCUGUUUUUUAUUUCAGAGUCAUCAUUGAUGUGCCAUGCGUGACCAAGAAGUACACGUGCGUACUGUGUUACUUCAUACACUUUUAAGUCCCUGAAAAUGGGCUAAUCAUAAAGGUAUCAUGUAAAGGGAUCAGUUGCCAGAACAGAACAGAACAGAGAUAUAGUGGUACCUAUGUAUUUAUAAAGUCUUUACAUACCAUUGCAGCAGUAAUCGUGUGGGAGAUUGCCGAAAUGGUGAUGUUUGACAGUGAAUGGGAGCUUUGCCAGAGGCUCCCCGAGAGUGAAAUGAGUGUGAAUGAGCCGAUCUGGAACUCCUUGUGCGUGUGAAAGCAAACUAGUUCAACACCUGGGUGACGUUGAUUGUCUUCAUGAUUAAAAGAUCAUUCCCGUU